AUGCUGUGUGUUAAUGAUACGCCUUUAUUCGACUUGUCUGAUAAUUCAACACGUCUAUUUCUGGCUGCUUUACAAGCCUUUCAAAGCAUCUAUUCACCGGUACAUGGUUUCAUCUGUAUAGUAAUAUGUACGGUCAGCAUUGGAACAAACCUAAUACAUGUAGUGGUACUAACCAGACCAAAUAUGAGAUGCUCUGCGGUAAAUUGCGUACUAACAAUGGUUGCUUUUUGUGAUAUGGGUACAAUGGCAUCGUAUUUCAUAUAUAUUUGUCAUUUUGUACUUUUCAAAGAUAUCACUUGUGUGCCUAUUUACUCUUACUUAUGGAUGCGAUAUUUAUUAUAUCAUAUGGUACUCAGCAUUACUUUACAUACCACUUCUCUAUGGUUAAUUGUUGCAAUGGCUUUCAUCCGACAAAUGACUUUAAGAAGUGCUGUUCUGAAUAGCUAUUGGCAAAAGCCGCAGAUGGCUUGGAGAAUUUGCGUUGUGAUAUAUUUUAGUGUAUUUUUACUUUGCAUACCAACGCUGCUGGUGUACGAUGUGGUUGAAAGCGGUGAUUGGCAUCCAGCACCCCAUUGUGCUCAUGAUUUUCCCCCUAAUUAUACCGCCAAGUAUUACACAUUUCAUGUGUCAUCGUCUGCAAUGGCAAACGGAUGUCGCUUUUUUAAAUGGAAUUUAUGGAUGUUAGGAGUUAUUUUUAAGGUCAUACCUUGCAUACUCUUACUUUGCUUUUCAUCCGGUCUUAUGCUAACAUUACAUCAAACAACUAAAAAACGUAAAAUGCUAUUGAAAUGCAAUUCAUCGAAAACAAAAAGGGGUGUCACUCAGUCAGAUCGAACAUCAACGCUAUUGCUUGUCAUAGUAUUGGUAUUUUUAAUCGCCGAAAUGCCUCAAGGGAUCAUCGCCAUUAUGAAUGCUAUUUACACCACUCAUGUACAUAUAUAUAUUUACUUCAAUCUCGGUGAUAUCCUUGAUCUCCUCUCAUUGCUGAAUUCAUCCAUUACCUUCGUUCUUUACUGCUUAAUGUCUUCCAGAUAUAGAAAUACAUUCUGGGCAGUCGUGCGACCUAAGCAUCUUUUCAGGUUUAUUAUAUAUACUCCAUGCUUACUUUCUUGA